GAGAAGAGAGACGCUAUAAGACGGUUUCAGGACAUCGAAGCUCGAUGGAACGAAGAAAAGAUGAAGCGAAGGGCAGAGGCGCUUUUCGGCGUCAGCUGCAACGAGGAGGAUCCAAAGAUUUACAGCCAGGCAGAGGUGGAUGACAUGUACGAGCAGUGGAAGAAGGAACAGGUGGACCCGCUACUGGAAGAGAUCAAGGCUUUGAAAAAGGCUCAGCGGGAGCUCCUGGCCAAGAUGCAGGCUCUGAAGCAGGAGCGAGUGUCACGCAACUCAGUGCAGCAGGAAGAGGAGCCCCUCAUCGGCGAGGCAGAGUUUCGACUGCUCCAGUCCGCACUCAAGGCCUCGUCAAGCAAGGUUUGGGGUGAUCUAAGCCCGCUGUUAUCUCGUGUGGCUGAGUCCCUGGCCACAGGAAGUAGUGAUAUGCGCGAGAUCCUAGCCUCCAUCCAGGCGCUGCCAGAUGCCGGUCCGCCAGAGGUGGUGGAAAAAGAGGCUGGUGGCGGUGAGAUGCAGCGUCUGGCACAAACGAUUCAGAAGCUUCCCCUGCCUGCACCGCCUGCUGCUCCCGAGAAGCCCUCGCUGCGAUCCACUGGGGUCAACACGACACAAGCGGUUGUCUUGCCGAGCAAGCCCAAGGAGGAGAAGGAGCCAGAGCCUGUUGGCCCGGCUCCGGCUGAGCCGCGGCGGGAUUUUGAAGGCCCAGAAGCUGCAGUUUCCUCGAUUCUUGCUGCGCUUGCUCGUUCAAUCAGACGUUGUCGUCCUAAUCGCUGCACGCAGGCGAGAUGCAUGGUUGCAGGUCAUUGA